CGCCGCGACCCGUCUGAAAGGAGACGUUGGCCAAAGCAACCACUUCGGAACACAACCGCAGCAAUGGCUCGACUAAUGCCUGGCAUAACGGCGACAUCAAUUCCUCGACGUGCUGAUCCACUGACCGACCUGACUCUGCUGCUGAGCCGUCUGCAGCGCACCAUUCUGCAUGCCGACGCCGAGCGCGAGGAACGAUUGCGGGAAAGCGAGUUUGAGAGGGAAAAGGCCCAGGCGAACAUCAACUAUGCACGCUCACUCCUUACCAAACUCGAGCAGGAGACCCUCGCGGUCAAGAUCCACAGCCGGAGACAGGAGGUGCAGGCCGACCUGGUGAGGAAAAGGGAGGUUCUCGAGCAGCUGUCGGAGCGGCUCAGCGAUCUGGCUGAGUUUGCCGCUGCGGGCCACGCCGGCAAUGGCGAGGACGAGGACAGCUCGGACGGGGAGGACAUUCUUGCCGACAUCAUAGUCACGCCCAGCGAGAGCAUGGAGUCGACCAAGUCACCAGGUAUUGUGCCAGAGGAGUCGAAUGAGGUUCCAGAGGAGGUUUCAGAGCCGAUACCAACCGCUCUAGACUCGCCACCACCUCCACCGCAAACCAACGAGCAGAGUGAUACUCCCUCCCAACCUGAACAAUUACCCCCUUCGACCACAGUUCACCCACCAUCACUGUCCUCACAACCGCCACCGCCACCACCACCACCACCAACGACGACGACGACGACGACGACGACAGCGACAACAACAUCCCAAACUCUACGAGCCCGUCAGACAGAACCACCAGCCCCUUCCACACCGAGCCCGGCAGCAGCCACGACCAGCUCGGCGCUCUUCGGCGACGGAAAGCGGAGAUCGUCGGCCGGAGCAACGACGACGGCCAUCUCGACGACGGAGGCGAUCCUGGACCACCAGCGGGCCGAGCAGGACGCCCUCUCGGAGUCGAUCCUCAAGCUGGCGUCGGAGCUCAAGGCGUCCUCGCGCGCCUUCAGCGCCUCGCUCGAGGAGGACCGCGAGGUGGUCGAGCGCGCCGGCCGCGGGCUGAGCCGCACCGGCCAACAGCUCGAGGGCGUCACGCGCCGCAUGGGCCUGCUGCAGCGCAUGACCGAGGGCGAGGGCUGGUGGGGCCGCAUGCGCCUGUACGCCAUGGUCUACGGCCUGAUGGUGGUCCUGGUCCUGGUCGUCUUUGUGCUGCCCAAGCUCAGGUUUUAGCCCUGUCUUUUAUCUAUGGUUUUUUUCCCUUUCCUCACUUUCCCUUCCCGCUUCUCCUGGAGAGGACAGGGAAGGAAAAGAGGGCGCUUCAAGACUAGGUUCAGGGGGGUUGGCGGGAAAUCAGGGGAAUGCAGGGUGUAUUAUUAGUAUGUGGCUCAUCCUGAUGAUGAUGACGAUGAUGAUACUAUCUAGCUGUUUGAAAGCGAUCGUGCUUGGAAAGCAACGGUGUCUGUAAUAAAGGUGUCGGUUGAUGUGUUCCGAUUGACCAUGCACCUGUUGGGCUCACACAAUCUUGU